GACCGAGUGGCCCGGGUUUGAGCGCCCAGCUCCACAGCGGAUCAUGGUGCAGCAGGCGGAGAGCUUGGAAGCGGAAAGCAACCUGCCCCGGGAGGCGCUGGACACAGAGGAGGGCGAAUUCAUGGCUUGCAGCCCGGUGGCCCUGGAUGAGAGCGACCCGGACUGGUGCAAGACGGCGUCGGGCCACAUAAAGCGGCCGAUGAACGCUUUCAUGGUGUGGUCCAAGAUCGAGCGCAGGAAGAUCAUGGAGCAGUCUCCGGACAUGCACAACGCCGAGAUCUCCAAGAGGCUGGGCAAACGAUGGAAAAUGCUGAAGGACAGCGAAAAGAUCCCGUUCAUCCGGGAGGCGGAGCGGCUGCGGCUUAAGCACAUGGCCGACUACCCCGACUACAAGUACCGGCCCCGGAAAAAGCCCAAAAUGGACCCCUCGGCCAAGCCCAGCGCGAGCCAGAGCCCGGAGAAGAGCUCCGCGGGAGGCGGCGGCGGUGGCGCGGGCGGCAGCGCGGGCGGCGCCAAGACCUCCAAGGGCUCCAGCAAGAAAUGCGGCAAGCUCAAGGCCCCCGCGGCCGCCGGCGCCAAGGCCGGAGCAGGCAAGGCGGCCCAGCCGGGGGACUACGGCAGCGCUGGCGACGACUACGUGCUGGGCAGCCUGCGCGUGAGCGGCGCGGGCGGUGCCGGCGCGGGCAAGGCGGUCAAGUGCGUGUUUCUAGAUGAGGACGACGAAGACGACGAGGACGAAGACGAGCUGCAGCUGAGGAUCAAGCAGGAGGUGGACGAGGAGGACGAGGAGCCGCCGCACCAGCAACUCCUGCAGCCACCCGGGCAACAGCCGCCACAGCUGCUGAGACGCUACAACGUCGCCAAAGUGCCCGCCAGCCCUACGCUGAGCAGCUCGGCCGAGUCCCCCGAGGGCGCGAGUCUCUACGACGAGGUGAGGGCAGGCGCGACCUCCGGCGCUGGGGGCGGCAGCCGUCUCUACUACAGCUUCAAGAACAUCACCAAGCAGCACCCGCCGCCGCUCGCGCAGCCCGCGCUGUCGCCCGCGUCCGCGCGCUCGGUCUCCACUUCGUCUUCGUCCAGCAGCGGCAGCAGCAGUAGCAGCAGCAGCGGCGAGGACGCCGACGACCUGAUGUUCGACCUGAGCUUGAAUUUCUCCCAAAGCGCGCACAGCGCCAGCGAGCAGCAGCUGGGGGGCGGCGCGGCGGCGGGGAACCUGUCCCUGUCGCUUGUGGAUAAGGAUUUGGAUUCGUUCAGCGAAGGCAGCCUGGGCUCCCACUUCGAGUUCCCCGACUACUGCACGCCGGAGCUGAGCGAGAUGAUCGCGGGGGACUGGCUGGAGGCGAACUUCUCCGACCUGGUGUUCACGUAUUGA